GCGAACGACGGUGUCGGCCAUUUUGUGUCGGCUUCGUGUGGGACGCGGUGGUGGCCGUUGGCUCGGAAAAGUGGGCGAUUUUUUUUUCCGCCUUGUUUUUCCUGCAUUUCUUUUUAUCUCUCCCCCCACCCCCAUCCCGCUUCCUUUUAUUUCGUCGAUAGAGCGCAGAUAUGGGUCGCAAGAAGAAGAAGCAGCUGAAGCCGUGGUGUUGGUAUUGCAAUAGGGACUUUGACGAUGAGAAGAUCCUAAUACAGCACCAAAAAGCAAAGCAUUUUAAAUGCCAUAUAUGUCAUAAGAAAUUAUAUACAGGACCUGGCUUAGCCAUUCAUUGCAUGCAGGUGCAUAAGGAGACAAUAGAUGCUGUACCAAAUGCAAUACCUGGGAGAACAGACAUUGAGUUGGAAAUAUAUGGUAUGGAAGGUAUUCCAGAAAAAGACAUGGAUGAAAGACGUCGACUUCUUGAACAGAAAACACAAGAGAGUCAAAAAAAGAAGCAACAAGAUGAUUCUGAUGAAUAUGAUGAUGAUGACUCUGCAGCUUCAACUUCAUUUCAGCCACAGCCUGUUCAGCCUCAACAAGGUUAUAUCCCACCAAUGGUCCAGCCAGGACUGCCACCAGUUCCAGGAGCACCAGGAAUGCCGCCAGGCAUACCUCCAUUAAUGCCAGGUGUUCCUCCUCUGAUGCCAGGAAUGCCACCAGUUAUGCCAGGCAUGCCACCUGGAUUGCAUCAUCAGAGAAAAUACACCCAGUCAUUUUGCGGUGAAAACAUAAUGAUGCCAAUGGGUGGAAUGAUGCCACCUGGACCUGGAAUACCUCCUCUGAUGCCUGGAAUGCCACCAGGUAUGCCUCCCCCUGUUCCACGUCCUGGAAUUCCUCCAAUGACUCAAGCACAGGCUGUUUCAGCACCAGGUAUUCUUAAUAGGCCACCUGCACCAACAGCAACAGUACCUGCUCCACAGCCUCCAGUUACUAAGCCUCUUUUCCCCAGUGCUGGACAGAUGGGGACACCUGUCACAAGCUCAAGUACAGCUUCAUCCAAUUCAGAAAGUCUGUCUGCAUCUUCUAAAGCUCUGUUUCCUAGCACAGCACAAGCUCAGGCAGCUGUCCAAGGACCUGUUGGUACUGAUUUCAAGCCCUUAAACAAUACUCCUGCAACAACUACAGAACCCCCAAAGCCUACAUUCCCUGCUUAUACACAGUCUACUGCUUCAACCACUAGUACAACAAAUAGUACUGCAGCAAAACCAGCAGCUUCAAUAACAAGUAAGCCUGCUACACUUACAACCACCAGUGCAACCAGUAAGUUGAUCCAUCCAGAUGAGGAUAUAUCACUGGAAGAAAGAAGGGCACAGUUACCUAAAUAUCAACGUAAUCUUCCUCGGCCAGGACAGGCCCCAAUUGGUAACCCACCAGUUGGACCAAUUGGAGGUAUGAUGCCACCACAGCCAGGCAUCCCACAACAGCAAGGAAUGAGACCACCAAUGCCACCUCAUGGUCAGUAUGGUGGUCAUCAUCAAGGCAUGCCAGGUUACCUUCCUGGAGCUAUGCCACCGUAUGGGCAGGGACCGCCAAUGGUACCCCCUUAUCAAGGUGGGCCUCCUCGACCUCCAAUGGGAAUGAGACCUCCUGUAAUGUCGCAAGGUGGCCGUUACUGAUCUUACUUCAUCCAAUCUAAUAGGUUUGGAGAUUAAACCUUUUCUCAACUUGUGCUGUUUAUAUAGCCAAGCUUCCGUCAAUAAGGCUUCAUUGUGACUUUAACAAACAUUAUCUUCCCACAUACCAGGAACUAUUGGACAUUUAUUUUACAUGGGAAAAAUUAUUUGGAAUAAUAAAGCAGGAAUUUUUCCUGAAGUUGCAAUUUAUACUGUAUGGCUUCUUUUUCAUGUUUCAUCUAGGUUUUUAGAAGUGAAGUAUAGUAAAUUUGGUUCGUUAAAUUGUGAAGGCGCUGGAACAUACCACCUUAAUAAAGGCAAGUUCUGUAAGCUUACAUUGCUAUUUGUAAAGUUAUGCCUUCACAGCAUUUAAGAUGCUGUUGGACUUCCACGUCCCCAACCUAUCUUGGUGAGGGCUGUAACUGUUUCCAAGUACCUGUACAUUGGAAGUCUGAAUGUGUAACUAUUUAAUGUAUUUAGAGUUCCUCAUGUUGCAGGGUGUAAGAAAUCUGACCCACCAUGGUCAUGUGACUUCUGUACUGUUAAACUUCAUUGUAAUAAAAUGAAAGAAAAAUUUAUGCCUUUUUAUUCAUAACCCAGCUGUGGACCACUGCCUGAAAGGUUUGUACAGAUGCAUGCUACAAUAGAUGUCCACAUAAUAAACUUCAUAGUUACCAAUGCAGUUUUUGAUAUAUCAUUGGAUUUUCUUGAGUUGUAGAUUGUUUCUUAGUUGCAUGUUAAUGCUUCAGUUAACAGCAACAAAAAACA